AUGGCUGGCAACUUCAAUGGGCACGUUGGACAACAUCCAGGGAACUCCCAUGGUGUGCAUGAUGGCAAUGGGUUUGGUUCCUGCAAUGAAGAGGAAACCAGGUUGUGGAAGUUCUGUGAUGGAAAUGAUCUUAUGAUCUGUAAUACUAACUUCAGGAAACUUGCCAGUCUUCUGUUCACCUACCAGUCUGGUGGCUACACUAGUCAGAUUGGCUACAUCCUCACCAGGAAACAAGAAAGGUGUCUACUUAUAAAUGCCAAAACUUCCCCAGGUGAAGAAUGCACCUCACAACAUAGGCUAAUUGUUAGCAACUUCAGUAUCAGGGCUAAAUGGUUGCCCAAUGUGGAAAAGAAAGGUCUGGAGGUUUAA